AUGGGUCAAUUUAUAGCAAAAGCUUACUACUCUCAUCGAAAUAAAAGAGAAAGAAGAUUAUUAAUGUUAGGAUUAGAUGGAGCUGGUAAAACUACAGUUCUAGAUUUAAUAAAGCUUAAAGAAUAAGUUUAAAUUAUUCCUACUUAUAUAUCUAAUAUCAAGUCUGUUUAAUAUAAAAAUCUUAAGUUUAUUAUUUGGGAUAUUCCUGAUUAGAAGAAAAAUAGAUAAUUAUGUGAUUAUUAUUCUUAUUUUAACCAUGGAUUAAUUUAUGUUUUAGAUUCUACAGAUAGUAAUAGAAUGAACGAUGUUAAGUAAGCUUUAAAAAUUAUUAUUGAAAGAAUGAUUGGUAUUCCAGUUUUAAUACUAGCAAAUAAAUAGGAUAUUGCUGUUAUGAGUGUGAGUGAAAUCUAAGAAAAGCUUUAAAUGCAUACAAUUAAAGGAAUAGGUGAAUGGCAUAUAUAAAGAUGCUGUUCGUUAAAUGGUGAAGGGAUUUAUGAAGGCUUUAGCUGGCUAUCAAAAGUUUUAAAUAAACAAUAAAAGUAAAAUGGUGAAAUAACUAAUGAUGGGCUAGAUUCUUUAUUAGAUAUUUUAAAUAAUCAAUAAAAGCUAUAAAAAUGUUUAGCACAUUGA